AAUUUGUGACGUGAGAAGACUAUCUGACAGAUUUGGUUAAAGUAGACCAUCCAGUGCUUUGUGGAAGAAUUCUUGGUCGUCGCCAUGGCUGUAAAUAUUUUGAUACUUGAUAUUUUGAUACAUUCUUCUUCCGCAAUCCAGGGUGAUCGAUAGUUUGAGGUACGUGGUGUUUAUUACCAAAAUUACCAAAUUUUACACAGGUAAAAUAAUUUCAUGGAAAUUCAACUCUCAUGGAAGAGAAACUCGUGAACUCAACGUUGGCGAGAUUGUCUUGGUCGAAUCUAACGAUAUGAAGAUAUUGGAUUAACCAUUUACCAGAGUCGAGGAAGGAAAUAUUGGUAAGACCGCUUUAAAGAGUUUUCCCUUUGGAUAUUGACGUUACUGCGCCUCUGGCAGAAGAUGACGUCUUCAAACCUGCACAAUUAGGCCCAGAAGUUUUGUUGGAUGCUCUGCCAUCCAAUAACCUUAUAAUGACAAAUAAGAUGAGAUGAAACUUCCGACCCCCCUCUUUGUAAUUAACCUGUCUUGAACGUUUUAUUGGGAAGCCAAAUAUGUCUGACUUUUGAGGGUUGUUUCCUCGAUUUUCUGGUAAUUUCCAUGGAAAAUUAGGUACAAUUUUGGAUACUCUAGCAUCUGCUACUGAACUACAUGGGAAAUUAUUCUAAUCACUCCUUCUGACAACAAAAGGCAGCUAUUCAAUUCGGCGUCCUUUAUGUAUUACCUUUGUGGAUUUUAAAUUUUAUAUUCGAGUUUUUUGUUAAUAGAAUCGUUCGUUUCACAGAACUGUGUGUUUUGUUUCUGCCGUUCAGUUCUUCCAUUUCUCACAAAUAGUUAGCUUGAUACUAAAUUCUUACAAAUGCUUCAAUCAACUGGCAAGUUGUACAGUUUUUAUGAUAGGAACUUAGCAUUUGUAGUUAAGGAAAGUAAGUUUAUUAUACACUUAAUCCAUAAUGAUUGGAUAAAAUGCUGUAUAUAAGAUACUAUAUGAUAACAUGACAUGGCAGUGAAUUAAGCUAGAUAAUUAUUCAAAGAACUUUUAGAAAUGAUUUUAAAGUAUCAAUCUCAAUAAAAACCGUUUUCUUAUUAAAUGAACUAUUUGUUAAAUUCCGUCAAAGCAAAGGGGAAGUUUAUAUCUCUUCUUCUAGAAUACUUUUUUUUGUUAUGAGCUGCUGAUUAGUAUACAUAGCUCCAUGUUUUAAAGUUUCCUUUAAAAUCUACACUAGCGCUUUCUUACUUCAAUUGAAUUAUUAGUAAAAUAGUUUUUCUCACUUAACUAAGAAAAGUACACCAAGCUUUGUUAUCACGAACGCUCUGGUGUACACUUAAGAAUUAAUUGACUAUUAUAGGUACUAAUAGUAGUAGAGUAGUAAGAAUUUAUGUAUACCUAUAUAGAAAUAUUAUUAAAGUAUAUUUUUCGGUGGGAAUUAAAAAAAAUUUUUGCGUAAAGUAAUAGGAAAAACAAUAUCUAGUUCCUGUAUAUGCUAACUAGAACCACAGACAUACUUCAAGGAUAACAAACUAAGGUUAUUUUUUACUUGUUAACCACACUUUUUAUAAUUGUUUUUAUAUAUUUAAAAAUAACACGUUUAAUAUCUUCUAUUAAGAAUGGGCAAAAUGUCUAAAGAUAAACGUGAUAUUUACUAUCGGAAAGCAAAAGAACAAGGUUGGCGAGCUAGAAGUGCAUUUAAACUGUUACAAAUCGACGAAAAAUAUAAUAUUUUUGAAGGAGUUACCAAAGCAGUGGAUUUGUGUGCAGCACCAGGAAGUUGGAGCCAGGUACUUUCAAGAAAACUUUAUUUAGGAGAAAAUAUUGUUAUUAGAGAUAAAUGUAGCUUAUUUUAUAAUGAAAUUGAAUUGCAUCAAAAGUUGGAGAGCAUGGAAGAAUAUGAAUUACUCAAAAAUGAUAAUGUAAAGAUUGUAGCUGUUGACUUACAACCAAUGUCGCCGCUUCCAGGUGUCAUACAGAUACAGGGCGAUAUUACAAAAUAUUCAACAGCACAAGAAAUUAUUGGACAUUUUAAAGGUGAUCAUGCAGAUAUUGUAGUUUGUGACGGAGCCCCUGAUGUAACUGGACUACAUAAUUUGGAUAUAUACGUUCAAGCACAAUUAAUAUUAGGUGCUUUACAUAUUAGUUGCAAUGUUUUAAAACCCGGUGGUACUUUUGUAGCAAAAUUAUUCAGGGGAAAAGAAAAUGAUUUAUUAACUAACCAGUUGUUGUCCUUAUUUCAAGAAGUUGAUAUAACAAAACCAAGCAGUUCAAGAAAUUCAAGUAUAGAAGCAUUUAUUGUUUGCCGAAAAUAUACUCCUCCAGAAGGCUUUGAUCCUAAACUUUUAACUCCGUAUUUAGAUGUAUCACACCGUGAUUUCAAUUCACUUACAGGUAUAAACAGAGUUUUAAUACCAUUUAUUGUAUGUGGAGAUGUCAGCGCUUUUGAUUCAGAUACAACAUAUCCAUUACAAUUAAAAGGUGAGCAACCUUAUCAAUAUAGACUUCCUGUUCAGCCUCCAAUUAAUCCUCCAUAUGCAUCUCGAAGUAGUUUGAGUAAAGAUAACCAAUUGGAUCAUUAUCUGAAAAAAAUUGAUGACGCUGUUAAACGAGUUGGUAUUGGGGCUAUGAAAAUCUCUAAUAAGACCACUGUUUUGAAGAAAAUAGAUGAAGACAGUUCCAGUGAGGAAGAAUGUAAUGAGCCUCAUGUAACCAAACCUCGAACUAUUCUUGAUAAUGGCCCUUACUUUGAUUUACUUCAGAAAACAACUAAAAUAAAGAAAUAUUCAACUAAAAAUAAUGAAGUAGAACUAGUACAGGAUGAAGCAGCUGGACUUCAAUUUAUCUAUGAAGAUGAAUACACCGAUCCUGAAAUCAUACAGGAAUGCUUAGAAAAAAUGAAAAUUUCAGGAAGAUCGCCUACUUGUAAUUGUAACUAUUUUGAUUAAGCAUUAAAUAGAUUUCUCGAUAAUUUUAUUAAAUCCGAUGAAACUAAGAAUAAAACCGUUUGCUGGAACUGAAGAAGUCAUAGAAGUUGAACCCACAGAAACUGUAGAAAGCGUUAAACAAAAACUUCAGGAUGUAUUUACAGAAUACCCAUUUUCAGAACAAAGGCUCAUUUAUGGAGGAAAAUUUUUAAAGAACGAUAAAACUAUCGAAUAUUAUAAAAUUAAAAAUGGAUGCAUCGUCAAUUUGGUGAAAUCCUUGCGAAGUGCUUAGUAUUUGAAAUCUAUUAAUCCAGAUGAGUGCAAUGUUAAAGGCACUAGUGCAAUAAAGAUCCACUUUUUCCAGUAAAUAUAUGAACGUAGAAAAUUAUUUUUAAUAUAUGUUUAUUUUUAUCUGAAAUAUAGGUAUACAUGUUA